CUUUUCUUCUUCCGCGUUCUUCCCGUGUGGCACGGUGCGACGGCUGUGACUGGGAAGAAAGUAGAAACCCCCAAACCCUCCUCCCCUUCUCCGCGCACCACCUGCCGCCGGAAACCCUAGAUCUCCCCCGACCCAUGGAUCCGCAGCAGCCGGAGCCCGUCAGCUACCUCUGCGGAGACUGUGGAGCUGAGAACACCCUGAAGCCAGGAGAUGUCAUUCAGUGCCGUGAAUGUGGCUACCGCAUCCUCUACAAGAAGCGCACCCGCCGCAUUGUCCAAUAUGAAGCGCGCUGAAGACAAAAGGAGAAACAGAAUGCUGUUAGUCGUCCCUCUACCUAUGUAAUGAGCUUCCUGAGGGAAAUGGAAAUGUAAGACGCAAUGUUUGAAUGCUGUGUGCGUCCAUUGGACUCGAGAGAUAUUACAGUACUAUGAUUGGUGACGGGUCUUGUUGACUCUUGAGUGGUGCAGAUCUAAUGCAUGCAUUAUACCUGAAUUGUUCA